AUGCACAGCGGUAGCUCCAUAUCUCCUAAACAUCCUGCCAUUCCAGUUUCAAUCGGCAUAGCUUCACUUGUGCUGGAGGGAAGAUCAUCGGCACUUGAUGACAGUUCGAUCAAUGCGUCGGCCACAGUUUGUGCCACCUCGAGCGUGCCCAUUGGUGGUCAUGGAAAUGGCAGUGGUGGUGGAGGAGCAGGCGGAGGAUCAUCAACAGGAUCCGGAUCGGCAGGUGGCGACGAUGAGGAGGAAGGUGGUGGGUUUUGUGGACAGAGGCGUACGAGUGAGAGCGCUGGUGGAGCGUCCUCGCUUCAACAGUGCAGCCUAAUGGCCAUCAAUGAAUCACAGAAAUCGCUAGCGAUGACCUGCUGCCAUACACCGAACGAAACGCAACGAAUCAACCUGAAGCUGCAGCAAAUCCGCUCCUCCUGCCCGAGCACGAGCAAGAACGAGGUGCAGCAGCUGGUGACGGUGUCGGGUGAACCGAACCGUCUGUUGAGCGGCCGCAGACAUGAAAGGGAAAUUUAUGAUUCAUUCCCCAAUGUGGUGUCUCAGCACGAUCCAGUCGCUCGAGCGUCCUCGUCGUCAUCGUCGUCGACUGCAUCUUGGUUUCCGCACGAGCUGCCAAUUUCUUCUGCUACCGCUGGUGUCGUCAUCUAUAGUGGAUUCGAGAAAAUGAACGUACUUGGUACCGUGUCGCCCAUCAAGAACCAUCCGAUCGGCAAUAGCUUCAUAAACUUUUCCUCCACCUCAUCAUCGGUUUCCGCCAUACCGUCUUCGUCGUCAUCGGUCAGUUCUGCUCAGCCUCGCAAGCCAGCGGUGGGUUAUGCUUCCUCGAAGCUGCAAACGACGUCUAGCCCGCGGGAAGGACCCCACUGUGAACAGUUUCUAAAGAAAAUUGGACUCACCAAACCGGACACGGCUGACGGACCGGAGCAUCACUGCAGCUAUCGCAACAAAUAUUGCCUUCGCUGGCAAGUUUAUUUCAAGCAGCUUUCGUCUAUCCUGACGAACGGUGAAGCAGUUUGCAUCGAGGUUUAUUUGGGCCCCGAAAACCACACCAUUCUUCUGGAGCAAUGGAUUCUGAAGCUGGUAAUGACAAAAUCUCCUGCGACCAUGACCAUCCAGUCACUGUGUGCGGCCAUACGUAGUCAGCUGUACUUUUCACAAAUAUCUGCCUGGACCGAUCUGAUAAAAAAAUCGCUAGAACCGGACAUUUUCUCGCAUCCACGCAUAAAAAAAAUAAUCCCUGCGGGCGUCUGCAAAUCUGGUGGCGGGUCUUCUUCAUUUUCAUUGCCGCAGGCAAAGCUCGAUAUUCUGUUUCGCAUUCGAACAUACGACAACACGGCGUGUUUCAACGAGAAGCCGAAUGUGCACAACUUCCCAGAUGCGAGUGUGGCGGAAAAUUUUGUAAUUCAGGUCUGUCUGAAAAGCUUACCUCGGCUUGAUCGCAUACCGGGUAUCGAUGCCGCAUUGGAUGCAGCGAAAAUGAUUGCGUGUUUGCAGAAACAGCAGCAAGCCGAUCGCAUACCUUUGCCAUGUCAUGAGAAGGGCAAACAUCGAUGCGCUUUCCGUGUGGAGUUGGAGGAAGAGGAGGAUGAGUACGAUCCAUCCAUGAUGGAAGGGGCGGUUGAAGGUGAUGGAGGUGAUGGUGACGGUGGCGGUGAUGAAACUUUACUGCUCACAUCGGCCGCCAUUAGCCACCGAGAGAAACAGCUGCUCAAGUACCGGAAGAGGAUGUUGAAGCGUGAAAAGAAAAAGAAAACAGGCAAUGCCGGGGACGGAAACAGUAAUGGCUCCACUAGCAGCGCAGGUGGCAGUGUCAGCGAUCGGAAUGGUUCAUCAACAGACGGUUCAUCUUACUUAUCAGCGAAAAGUUACAUCAAUGGCCUGGUUGGGACAGUUGCUCUCAACGCAGGAGCGAAGCACUCGUCAACCGCAGCAGGAACCCUAGGAUUCAAUAAUGGUGUCAGCGUGAUCGCAAACGAUGGGUGCAGCAACGGAACCUGCCGCAAUGCUUUAACAUCCUCGAUUAAUUCGAUUCAGCCUCCGCUUUACUCCUCAAACGAUCAUCAUCAGGCAAUGAUGGUUUGUGAUGAUCGUUUUCAUCCAAUCACUACGAACUCAAAAUCAACCCAAACCACCACAUCAGGUUUGUCGAUCGAUAUGAUACCGCCGGCCGUGUCCGUAGCCACACAAACCGAUCCCACUGGGGCAUCGUUUUGCAACGAUUGCAACAAUCGCGCGCGGGAAGCAAACGGAAGUGUAACUGAAUCCUCUGCUAUGGGCGAUAAACAUGUACGGCAAGGCACGGAAGUUAGCCAAAACAUCAACCGCGCUAGUAGCAGCAUUAGCAGCACAAACCGUGAUAGAUAUAUGCAAUAUUUUAACGAUUACAAUAGGACUUACAAUAUUAUCAAUGAAAACUGUGAUAAAGGUCCAGCAGCGUCUGUGGGAUGUGUUAGGCAGGCACGAAAUGAUGUGCCGAUGGAUGAAGGUAGCUUUUCGUGCAUCGUCCAAAAGCCAAGGGCGAAUUGUGCCGAUGUGAGCAGUUACGAUUUGCCCAAUACCGCUGUUCGUCGACCGUGUUUCAUCGUCGGAGGAGAUGGAUAUGAGGGCGAUGAGGAUGACGAUGGCAAUACCCAGAAAAGGAAUCGUGCAAUUGAUUCACCCAUCCUCCAACAGGGAGAUCUGCUUCUUCAAGCCAUUCAAAGAACUGCCAUGCUAAACGGGUCCGAGGAGCAGCGUAGCGAGAAGCAAGACGUCGCUAAAAAUGGGCAUGGACAUAUGGCUUUAAAUAACAACAAUUACGCCACUGCAAACAAUAACAUCGUUGAGUGUGAAACAGUGAACGGUGGCAACAGCGGUGGAGUUAAGGUUGCCGCCAACGUGCAGCAUGACCAGCAGAUAGAGGCCGGGCGCAACGAGAGGGAUGACAGGGACAGUAUCAAAUUGGCAGCAAAAUGUGAACCAAGCGAAUGUGAUACCUUCAGCAAGGAAAAGAAGCUAGAUUUAGGUGACUGUCGACUGUGCAAGCGACAAAAAACGAAGCAUAAUUUUAAACUAAACCUUACCACGCUGUUAUCCUCGUCGUUAGCCUUUAAAGGGCCGUCGCCAGUUUCAUCCUCCUCGAAAAAGGAAGCGUUGAAGAAAAAUAUGAUCACUACCACCACCGUACUGGAUUGCGGAUCCGCCCCACCCGGUUGUCGACGAACGCUGUCGGAGAGUCUAGUGGGGCAUCUGACCAUUCCAAGUUCCUCCAGCACAACGUCCACGAUAAGCGGACAUAGCGCAGCUAGGUGUGAAAGUAGUGUUGGCGAUGCCGUUCAUUCUAUCCAUGGACUGAACGAAGGCCAUGGUAUGCUGUAUCCUGGCGGUGAAGAUCUUAGCCCGAGUGAUAGCCCGAUGCUGAGCAGUUCGACGGGAACAGUUGGAAAUGGUGUUUUUACCUUCGAGCAGAUGAAAUCUUACAGGCGUGCGUUCUCUGAAGAUGUGAUUGACACGAUAACCACGCUAGGAACCAGGACGUACGCUAUCAAUGAUCAUAAUCAAGCCACUGAAGAGGAUAGCACUGAGGAUGAUGGGAGUAAUGGCGGUGAUAACGAGAAUGAUCAUGUGUUUUCGAAAGAGCGUAGUGCAUACAAGACGUGUGGCUGUGUUGCGGAUCGUGGUUCGACCAAUGAUGAACACGUGCAGGGAACAACAGGGAAAUGUGGCCAUACAAUUUCACGUUGUCACCGACCCCAUACAUCGACACCGGCAGCUGGGAAUGGUAAAGAUUGUAAAGAACCAUUAUACAUCAGUUGUUCGGAGACAGAUUGUUCUGUCAGCACGGCCAGCAGCGUUUCACCUCAUAAAAAACAAAUUCUGAGCUGUACUGCUAUUGGAAACACCAGAUUAUCAUCAGAAGCUAAUGCGAAUAACAGAAAAGAGGAAUAUUGCAGUAGCCCAAAGCUGCAGCAUGUACCACAUAAACCAUCCUCAAAAAUCAACCUCAAUUACGUGUUUUGUUUAUCUCCUUUGGCACGCGAUGAUUCCGGUUUUACGAGCGGAAGUAGUCCGGCCACAUCGACCUCCUUUCCCGCAACAUCUCCAAUUGCGAUCGAUGGAGCAGGAACGUUCGGCCAUUGCACGAAAAGUGCUCUCAAUGUGAACGGCGUGUCCAGUACCGGACUGUUUCGUUAUGAUUUCGAGGAAACACCUGUUAGUCCCGUUUCGGGUACGGUUAAAUCUAAAUCAGCUCCAGCAUUUCCGUUCUCGCCACCAUCUGGUGGUGGUGCUCUUUCACCACGCUUUUUCCGAAAUGCACAACGUCACCUUCGUACGCGUCAUCCUUCCGAGCGAUCUUCCUUUUCGGAGAGAUCAUCGAUCGGAUCGGAUGAACAACUAUCGGAUGAUGAUCUGUCGUCAUACCUGUUGGAUUCAUCGAACGGUGGUAGUUAUUGUAGUCCGCUCUCAGGACAUCAACAACUCCCGAUUGAGGAUGGCACCGUUGGGUCGGCAUUGAAGAUGGGUCGUUAUACGGCGCGUUCCCCAGCAUGUCUUUUACCCACGGCGCAUAUGUUGAGUAAGGUGCUGAAUAGAAAUUUAUUCAAGUUUGGUCGUGCACCGAUGCUGGGAACGCUGGAAGAGUCACUGCUGCAACGUCGUCUUACCCCAAAAUACCAGGUUGCUGAUUUUAAGGUGCUGCUUGGCGCUUCUGGUAGCUUCUGUCCGACGCAACUUACCAUACCAGCAGCAUCCUAUUUCUACGAGCUCCCUGGGCAACAUUUAACCACACCGUAUGUGUGUGAAUUACGUCUUCCAAGAAAGGGAUAUUCAAUACCACGCACCGGCACCGUCCAAGCAACGUUGCUCAACCCAUUGGGAACGGUGGUGCGGAUGUUUGUCGUUCCGUACGAUUUUCGAGAUAUGCCAGCAAUGUCCACUACCUUCAUACGGCAGCGCAUACUCGCUUGCGACGACAGCAGCCUUAAGCUGCUCGGCAAAAACAUCGAACAACUUAGCAAUGCAGAACAAAUGAAGCUACUUCGUUAUGCGAUCCAUUUGCGGUUUCAAACAUCGCGAUCUGGAAAAUUGUCGCUUCAUACGGACAUCCGGCUGCUGAUAUCCCGCCGCACGGACUGUGAUACGGCUGCUGCCCAUGCGAAAAAUUUGCUCGAGUCCCCGAACGAACUGAAAGUGGUUACCAUUAUACCGGAUAGUCCCAGAUUUAGUUUACGUAUCGAUAAACAACAGUAA